CUCUGUCACGCGCGCCUGCACACAAACGCACCCGUCCAGUGGUCGAGUAAACGCAGCCUCCUUUACUCGACCGACGACGGCCGCCGGAGCAUGUAGAACUGUGCGGCUCUUUGGGCUCCAAACGCCUGCAACAGUAAGACGACACUCGCCUGGCGAAAGUGCCAUCGAGGUGGCGGGAGGAGAAAGCUCAGAUGGAAGACGGCUAGAGCAAAAUAUCCCCACCGUGGAGCCAUUUCUUCCUCUUCUUUUUAAUUUCCAUUAUUGAGCUGUUUUUUUUUUUUGGGAAGGUUGUUCCUCACUGCGCCCCCCCCCCGGACUCGAGCUGUCAUCGGCGGCUUCAGGCCGUCGUCGUCGUCUACCAUGGCGAGCGGCGAUUCGCAUUUGGCUCUUUUUGGUUAAAACUUCCAAUUCGGAUGUUUAAUGCCGCUGUCGAGCUGCUUUUUGGGGCUUUUUUUAUGUGUUCGCGUCACCCUAAACAAUUGACGGGAGCUCCAGAAAGAGAGUGAAAAGAGGGCGAUUGUUUGUUCUCGUGGUUCCCCGGGCGUUAUGGCUGAUGAGUGGGGCUGGGGACGCCGGCCAAGGCUCUCCAAGGCUCUCCCAUGCUAGCCGAGGCGGUUGGCACGGUCCCCCAUGGCAGCGACAGCUCUAUGAGGACAAGCAAUAGCGACCCUGCGCCGCCCAAAGCCUCUGCCGCCGCCGCUGACUCCUCGAUCCUCAUCUCCAAAAUGCAAGACGUCGUCAUUCCCUUUUCGUCCGAGGUCCCCUGUGACAAUAAUGGGCAGCGCAUGUGGUGGGCGUUCCUCGCCUCCUCCAUGGUGACCUUCUUCGGGGGUCUCUUCAUCAUCCUGCUGUGGAGGACCCUCAAGUACCUGUGGACCGUGUGCUGCCACUGCAACGUUAAAAGCAAGGAGGCCCAGAAAGUGAACAACCCCGCCAACAAUCAGGCAGCGGACAGAGCGCUAAAGGGUCCUGAUGAGAAGACGGAGGAGGUCCCCGCCAGUGAGGUGGGAUGGAUGACUUCGGUCAAAGAUUGGGCCGGCGUCAUGAUCUCUGCCCAGACGCUCACUGGCAGAGUUCUGGUGGUGUUGGUAUUUGCACUCAGCAUCGGGGCCCUUGGAAUAUACUUUAUAGACUCCUCAGACCCUAUAGAAUCCUGCCAGAACUUCUACAAAGACUUCACGUUACAGAUCGACAUGGCCUUCAAUGUCUUCUUCCUCCUUUAUUUCGGUCUGCGGUUUAUAGCGGCCAACGACAAGCUGUGGUUCUGGCUGGAGGUCAACUCGGUGGUUGACUUUUUCACCGUUCCUCCCGUCUUCGUCUCCGUCUACCUGAACAGAAGCUGGCUCGGUUUAAGGUUCCUGAGAGCGCUAAGAUUGAUACAGUUCUCAGAGAUCUUACAGUUUUUGAAUAUCUUGAAAACAAGCAAUUCCAUCAAGCUGGUGAACCUGUGUUCCAUCUUCAUCAGCACAUGGCUCACCGCUGCAGGAUUCAUACAUUUGGUGGAAAACUCAGGGGAUCCUUGGGAAAACUUCCAAAACUUCCAGACACUCUCUUAUUGGGAAUGUGUCUACUUAUUGAUGGUGACCAUGUCCACAGUGGGCUACGGGGAUGUCUAUGCAAAAACCACCUUGGGGCGCCUGUUCAUGGUCUUCUUCAUCCUCGGUGGUUUGGCCAUGUUUGCUCGCUACGUGCCAGAAAUUGCUGCUCUCAUCCUUAAUCGGAAGAAAUACGGAGGGAGUUAUAACUCGACACGAGGCCGAAAGCAUAUUGUGGUCUGUGGUCAUAUUACCCUCGAAAGUGUCUCCAACUUCCUCAAAGACUUCCUACACAAGGACAGGGAUGAUGUCAAUGUAGAAAUUGUUUUUCUCCAUAAUAUUUCCCCUAAUCUUGAGCUGGAAGCCUUGUUCAAACGCCAUUUUACACAAGUAGAGUUCUACCAGGGAUCGGUGCUCAAUCCUCACGACCUGGCUCGAGUCAAGAUUGAGUCAGCAGACGCCUGCCUCAUCCUGGCCAACAAAUACUGCGGCGAUCCUGAUGCUGAAGACGCCUCCAACAUCAUGAGGGUCAUCUCCAUCAAGAACUACCAUCCCAAAAUCAGAAUAAUAACACAGAUGCUUCAAUAUCACAAUAAGGCCCAUCUGCUGAACAUUCCGAGCUGGAACUGGAAGGAGGGCGAUGAUGCCAUCUGCCUGGCCGAGCUGAAAGCGGGCUUCAUCGCCCAGAGCUGCCUGGCCCAGGGCCUGUCCACCAUGCUGGCCAACCUCUUCUCCAUGAGGUCCUUCAUUGAGAUUGAGGAGGACACAUGGCAGAAAUAUUAUCUUGAGGGAGUGGCUAAUGAGAUGUACACCGAAUAUUUGUCCAGUGCCUUUGUGGGCCUCUCCUUCCCCACCGUGUGCGAGCUGUGUUACGUGAAGCUGAAGCUGUUGCUCAUUGCCAUCGAGUACAAGUCGGAGCAGAGAGAGAGCAGAAGCCGAAAGCGCAUCCUCAUCAACCCGGGCAACCAUGUCAAGAUGCAGGAAGGAACGCUGGGAUUUUUUAUCGCCAGCGAUGCAAAGGAAGUGAAGAGAGCUUUCUUCUAUUGCAAAGCUUGUCACGAUGACAUCACUGACCCCAAGCGGAUCAAGAAGUGCGGCUGCAAACGACCCAAGAUGUCCGUCUACAAGCGAAUGAAACUGGCAUGUUGUUUUGAUUGCGGCCGUUCAGAGCGAGACUGCUCUUGCAUGUCAGGCAGUGUACAUAGUAACAUGGACACCCUUCAGAGGGCCUACCCACUUUCCUCUGUGUCUGUUCAUGAUUGCGCAACCACGUUACGUGCCUCCAAAUAUAAGUAUAAUGGAUAUGUCAGAUCACCAGCAGAUGGCGCUACAACACCAGGGAACAGUGGAAGCCAAAAAGAGACUGGCGUUCGAUUCAAAGCUGAUUGCAAUUUAGUCGAAGACGAGCAUCCGUCAACGCUCUCGCCCAAAAAAAAGCAGCGCAACGGAGGGAUGCGGAACUCGCCCAACUGCUCUCCCAAAAUGAUGAGUCGACACGAUCCUCUUCUCAUACCUGGUAAUGAACAAAUCGAAAACAUGGAUAUGAAUGUGAAGAGGUAUGACUCCACCGGAAUGUUUCACUGGUGCCCGUCAAAAGACAUCGAAAAAGUCAUUCUGACUCGGAGUGAAGCCUCCAUGACGGUAUUGAGCGGCCAUGUGGUGGUCUGUAUAUUUGGGGAUGUCACGUCCGCUUUAGUGGGGCUGCGAAACUUGGUGAUGCCUUUAAGAGCAAGCAACUUCCAUUAUCAUGAACUCAAGCCCAUCGUUUUUGUGGGCUCACUGGACUACCUGCGGCGAGAGUGGGAGACGCUACACAACUUCCCCAAGGUCUCCAUAUUGCCCGGUACGCCAUUAAGUCGGGCAGAUUUAAGGGCUGUCAACAUCAACCUCUGCGACAUGUGCGUAAUACUGUCAGCCAAUCAGAACAAUAUCGAGGAUGCCUCGCUGCAGGAUAAAGAAUGCAUCUUGGCGUCACUCAACAUCAAGUCUAUGCAGUUUGAUGACAGCAUCGGGGUCUUGCAGGCUAAUUCCCAAGGUUUCACGCCUCCUGGAAUGGACAGGUCAUCUCCAGACAGCAGUCCAGUACAUGGCUUCGUGCGUCAGGCUUCCGUCACUACCGGAUCCAACAUCCCCAUCAUCACGGAAUUAGAUAAGCCGGGCAAACCGCUGCCAUCGCUUUCACUCAGUCAGGAAAAAAAAAGUGGGACCAACAUACAAAUGAUAACAGAGCUGGUGAACGACUCGAAUGUUCAGUUCCUGGACCAAGACGACGAUGAUGACCCAGACACGGAGCUGUACCUCACACAGCCUUUUGCCUGUGGCACCGCCUUCGCCGUCAGCGUUCUCGACUCCCUGAUGAGCGCCACCUACUUCAAUGACAACAUCCUCACACUGAUCAGGACGCUGGUCACCGGAGGAGCCACGCCGGAGUUGGAGGCCCUUUUGGCCGAGGAAAAUGCCCUGCGAGGAGGCUACAGCACGCCGCAGACGCUGGCCAACAGAGACAGGUGUCGCGUCGCCCAGCUCGCUCUCUACGAUGGGCCCUUCGCUGACUUGGGGGACGGCGGCUGCUAUGGGGAUUUGUUCUGCAAAGCGCUGAAGACAUACAACAUGCUGUGUUUUGGCAUCUACAGAUUGAGAGAUGCCCAUCUCAGUUCACCAAGCCAGUGUACAAAACGAUACGUGAUCACCAACCCACCGUACGAGUUCGAGCUGGUGCCCACAGACUUGAUCUUCUGCCUCAUGCAGUUCGACCACAACGCGGGCCAGUCUCGGACCAGCUUGUCCCACUCGUCCCACUCCUCUCAUUCCUCCAGCAAGAAGAGCUCGUCCGUCCACUCAGUCCCAGCCUCCAACCGGCAAAACCGCAGCAGUAAAACCCGGGAAGCCCGAGACAAACAGAAUGCAACAAGGAUGAAUAGAAUGGGCCCAGAAAAGAAAUGGUUUACAGAUGAACCGGACAACAGCUACACAAGGAACAUUCAGAUCAAGCCCAUGAGCACUCACAUGGCCAACCAAGUCAACCAAUACAAAUCCACCAGUAGUCUGAUUCCACCCAUCCGAGAAGUCGAGGACGAAUGCUGAACCGCUUUUAACGUUUCCGCUCGCGCACUCAACAAGACGCCUUGGAGGCGUGAUAAUGAGGAGGAGGACGAGAGGACGUGCUUUGGUCUUCUUAACAGGAGAACUGGACAGGAACCCAAAGUGGACCUGCUCUGUGUAUACCUUUAAUGUUCCUUCAUGCUCUUUGGACAUUGUUUUAUUUAUUAAUGUAUCAAUAGAGAUGUACAUAAUGACAAUCAAAUAACGCAUUGUACAGCCCCCCACACACCUUUCCCCCCCUAGCACUUUGUUGGAAUUAUUCUUUGACGAGAGAGAGAGACAGAGAGGGAGAAAAAAAAGUACUUCCUGUAAUGCUUUGCAAUAGUUGACAACGGGUGACACAGCUUCUUGGAGGAACAAGGCUUGCAUCAUCGCCCCAAAGAACCCAUCGGACGCCACUCUUCCAGCCAGCCGGGCUCACCGUUCUCCAUCUUGUGUACUUCUGUUCUAUUUGCACUAAAAACAACAAAAAAAAAACAAAGAGGGGCGGUGGGAGCAACCAAGAAGAUCGUGAAGAAACUUUGCCCUCGGAGAAGAGACUAUGAAGGAGUUAAAAGGGAGGAGCCUAUCAUGCAAAUCAUUUCAUCCGGAGGGUCGCCUGAAUGAAGAAACAGCCAAGCAGCCUCGGAAGGUUGACAUGAAAGACGUUGCAUCUGAACCAAAACCCAACCAUGUUUGAGCAAAACGCAGCAGCAACUUUUGGGAUCACAAAGAAAAACGCGCACAUUAAAAAAAAAACUAAAAAAGGGAAUGAUGCCACAUAUCGCGUAAAAGUGGACGCCAACCGGGUUCCUCCUCUGACCGCUAGAAACUGCCUGGCACGGGUUUGGCAUGGAGGCGCUUGGAUGUUCUCCUCCGCCAAUCCCAGAUAUCGAUCGCCUCAAAUCAAUACAAAAAAUAAAAAAAAAUAAGACGUUGAAACUCUCAGGAGUGAUGCUGCUCUGCGCUUGCGCUGCUCAAGGAAAGGCUCAAAACCUGGUUGGGCGGAGAUGCAACGGUUGGAGGCUUGUGCUUUUCCUUUGGUGUUGGACUCCCAAAACAUGUCUUUUUGCCAGAAUCGAGGCAAAAAAAAAAAAAAAGCGUAUCUAUCAGUUAUGUUUCUGCUCCCUAACAUCUAUGCUUUUAUCGAAAGAGUAUUUUUUUAACUCUCUAACCGCCAUCUUCAGCCUGGCAGCUCGCCUCUGCAAAAGUCACCGCAAACCGAAGCUCACCUGGACAAAUCAGCUCAAAGGAGCACCCUUAGCUCCAAAACACGCGGACUGAACGAAAUGGUUUCAAGACUGAUAUCAAUUAAAAAAAAAAAAAUCAAUCUAGAAGAGUUGUCACAAAAGCACGAAUAGAUGAUAGAGUCGCUUCCUCCGACUGAAUGAACGUAUGCGUUUGACCUAAAUUAGGUCCCGAGUGCCGAAAACAAAAGAAAGUGCACACUAUUGCAAAGUGUGAUCACGUUGGUUGUUUUUGUGUGUGUGUGUUUUUGUUUUUGUUUUUUUUCAUUUCCCAAAAUACAGUUUCAAUCCAAGAGAGAACUUCUUGCCGCGUCUCUCGUCUAAUAGGCUGUAAACGAAGUCGUACGUGGAAAAGACUUAUGAUAUUGUGCCGUCGGUGUUUGUUGUAAACUCAAGCCCAUUUAUUUCUUACAGUCUAGACGCUCGUCUCUUUCAUCGGAGCUAAAAAAUAAAAUAAAAUAAAUAAAAAAGCACGUCGGAAAAGCUUUCCUGUCCGUCUAUUGGGUGUGGUGCAACUAUACUGAAGCCUCAUGCACAUUGUCCUGAAGUGAAUUUUUGAACUGUGAUCACAUCGUCGUCACACUUGUAGCAAAUAGAUUUCACAGAGAACAAACAAAAAAAAACAAAGGGAGCGAGAGAUCGAAAAAGAGAAACAAACGACAACCUGUGAUAUUCCAAAUUGAAUGAGUACUAUUCGAACAUAGCAGCGACAAUGAAUCAAGAUAGUUGGGAAGGUAGCACCAACACGGAUAACUGAGAGAACAUCCUUAAUUUUCCUGCGUUAACAUUCCAUUUUUAGCGUCUCUUUUGUUUACAGAUGAUUUUUGUUUUUUUUUUGGGGGGGGGGGGUCCUUAAACAUAAUCACACUGUAACACUUUUCAUGCUGCAAACUGGCUUGAACAUGACUCCGCUGAUUAAUGCAAUAUUUGUCAGAAUUAUUUUUUUUUUUGGGUUGUAACGUGUCUCCUUGUCACGCGUCUCCGUGUUUCUCAGUGCGGUUUCUUUUUUUGUGUGUGCAUGUGUUUUUGAAGUGCCAUGAAGAGUUUGUAGUUGAGCAUCCUUCAGUCAUUCAGGGACACAAGCUCGCUUAUUUUUGUUUGUUUUUUUUGGUGUUCAUUUUUCACUGUGACGUUAUUGUCUUGCGCCGGUGUAGAGAACAUCCAAGUUGUCACAGCGCCUCUGCGCCGGUGCAGUGCCAGGCAGUGCUCGAAGGUCAAGAGGAGGACCCGCGUCCACACCCCACUAUUCGCGACAAGUGGCAUUCGGUGGCUCGCGUAGGCGUUAAGUUGCAAUAAGGAUGACUGAACGAUGCACACGUUGUCCCCCCGCCCCCCUCGGCCAAUCAUCUGUGGCGCAUCAUACGUCACUGUAUGUUGCACUUCAUGAGUAGAUCUAUUUUUGCUGAAAAAGAAUGGAUAGAAUCACUUAUUUGUUGGGAGUUGUACGAGAUAUUCUAAUAUAUAUAACGCAUACAGAGACCUGGAGUUGAGUCUUAAAUAAUGCAUUUUAAAAAAUGCAUUUUUUUUGUGUUAUUUUUAGCAGUGAAUGGAGGAUUUCAGGCAUCACGUCAUCGUCCACCGCAGCAAAUCGGGAGUUUGACAUAGCAGUCUAUUUCUUUUGGAUGUGUUCUAGACAUGAUGGAUUAUUUUGAUGGUGCUGAGUUGAUCUACCUGACUCUGUCAAAUAUAAUCUGCUGAUAAAUAUACUGUCUUGUACAAAAUGUUUGUACAUAGAUUGUACAUGGUUUCUUUUUGUAUUUUUCUCAAAUUAAAAAUGGAUGUAUUUGUGUUCUAAACCGGAAAA